AUGACAUACUACUAUGGCGGUCAGACGGGACGACCACUAACACGUGAUGGUGUGGUUGAUUUUCUCGUUUAGUUUGUUCUAAGAAUCUUAAAUAUCGUCCCAUGUCCCUAAUGAACAGAGCAGAAUUUUUUGGAACCUUGAGUAAAUGGAAAUGGCCAGUAUUCGGCGCAACAGCCGCUUUCUUUGGCUCCAUGUACACGUUUGGUUUCAACAGGUCCCUAACGGUUCGUGCUGGCAGCGGAGAAGAAGAUGCGUCAAGCUCCGUUGGAUUACGAGACCUUUUGCAGAAAUGGAUCCAUAAUUUUGUACAGGGCCCUAAAGGUUCAGAGAAACCUCCAAUAAGUCCUAAAGAGGCCAGUGAAAUUUUGCGAAAGAAUGAAAAAAGCGUGAAUGUGAAUAUUGGAGUAGUAUCUCACUUUGAAACAAACAGUUUCGCUUCCAAUUCUCCGUGUGAAGAUCGGGCCAACGAAUGGCUGUUAUUGAAAACAAACGGUACAACCUUUGGUGUAUUCGAUGGGCACGGUGGCUGGCAGUGUGCAGAAAUGGUUAAAAAUCGUUUACCUCUCUAUCUUGCUGUAUCUUUCCUUACAAAAUCUGAUUUGACCAUCUUGGAGAGAAAUCUCUCGAAAGGUUUCUCAGGGGAUGAUUUUGUUAAAAUUUUACAGGACAGGUUACCAGCAAUGGAAAGCACAUCUCAGAGCAAUUUUGGUUAUACUUUAAGUCAAAAACAAGAAGUUUUUCAAACAGGACCAAAGUACUUUAUCAAAAGCUUGAUAGGGAAGCCUUUUGAAGGUCGAAUGCCUACUCAGGAAUCCCUUAGUUUGGCUUUUACACAAUUAGAUGACGAUAUUUCUACUGAAGCCAUACCAGUAAAAGUUCUUGACGACUCCUUUGUUGCUGGAGCUUCAGGGGCUUGUGCGUUAGUAUCUUAUAUUGAGGGACAAAACAUCUAUGUGGCAAACACAGGUAUGUGUGUAGACAGUAACACAUGAUCAGCUAUGUAGAGUAAAGCAGUCUUUUCAUUGCAUUUUACUGAUAUUUAUGUAAUGCUGGGAGGAUUACAGCAGUAACAUGGUAAUGGGGAUAUCUGUUGUAAGGUCAUUUUACUAAAUAAAGGGACUGGCCAUUGUUUAUGUAAAGUGGGGGAAGGGAAGAAAGAAAAGGAAGGGUGGUCAAGGCUAUUUCAGAUUGGCAAGAGGGGGGCAAAACUCUUAAUAAAGAAGUUUAGGGAGGAUCAGCAGUUUUAGGUACACUCCCUGGCUACAUAUCCUCUUUGAAAAGUCAACGCCAUGGGACACUCUGAAGGUAGUCUAUCAAAAUUCCUAGAGAUUAUUUGUUGGUCUAAAAAACGAUUAUAUGUGUUGAUUGUUUAUAUAUACUAUGCAAUUUUAUCUUGUUGGGAUGAGAAACUGUCACUGUAUUUUAAAAUAAGUGAUUGAUUCAUUUUUUUAAAUUUGUAUUCCAGGUGAUUGUAGAGCUGUUCUUGGAAGUACAAAAGGGGAUGGCUCUUGGCUGGCUACUCCCCUCUCUGUUGAUCAAACAGCUGAGAAUGAUGAUGAAGUAGAGAGACUUAGGUUAGAGCACCCUGGUGAAGCCUUUGUCAUAAAGAACAAGCGUCUCCUUGGACAACUACAGCCACUAAGAUCAUUUGGUGACAUUCAAUACAAGUGGGAUAAAGUAACCCAUUCCCAUGUUCUCACACAGGUGUAUGGGGGUCCUAUUGUUCCACCAAAUAUGUAUAUAACUCCACCUUACCUCACAGCAAGACCUGUUGUUACACAUCACCGUUUACAACCCCAUGAUAAAUUCCUUAUCCUUGCCACAGAUGGCUUGUGGGAUGUUCUUAGCGAUGAGCAAGCUGUUGGCUUGGUUGCCAGUUUUCUUCAGCAGGAUAGGAAAGAUAAAGAGAUUGCUGUAGCUCCCACUGACAUCAAAGAUGCAGGGGAUGAAGUUCUGGAACAAAAUGCAGCUACUCAUCUCAUUCGUCAUGCCUUGGGUGGUAAUGACCAUGGCUAUGUAGCUCAGAUGUUAUUGGUUCCAGAGCAAUAUAGACGUAUGUGGAGAGAUGAUAUUACUGUUACUGUAGUGUUUUUUGAUUCAGAUGUCCUCCUAUCUAAGCUGUAGGAGACAUGGUCAGUGGUUUAUUUUUUAACAGUUCAAAGACAAGUUUACAUCUAUAUUGUUUACAAUAAAAGAUUUAAGCAACAAAAGUGGGAACUACAGUUACUUAUUAGUUGGAGCUAUACUUUUAGUUCUAUGAUAAACAAUUGCAGUGCACCUAAUUCUUAAUUUUAUUACCCAAAAUGUUCAACCUGAUGAAAAAAAAACAUUGACUAGGAACAUUACAGUUACUGACAUAAGCUCAUGGGGAAAAUUUGUCAUUCCCCUUUUUACCAGAGUGAUGGAGCUAAUGUGAACAUGAUGGCAGGGCAGAUAGUUAGCAUACUUGCAUAUUUUUGACGGCCAGUGCUACUUCCUUAAUUUUUUAUUUUAUAUUGUAGUAUUUUAAUUUUAUCACCAAAUUCCAGCUUUACCACUUACUAGGAACUUGAUUACCCAACACAAUUAUGAGAAGGGGUUAAAAUCUUCAACUAAUAAAUCAGUUUCACUGAAAUUGAAUGUUGCACUAUUUUCAGUUGUUACAAAGCUAAGUUUGAUUCAUUUGCAAUUCUAUGUAACUUUUAAUGCAAGGUAAAUAAAAUGAUGGUACCUGGACAGACCAUGUGUAAUAGAAAUAAGUGAAGUACAUUUUAACUACCAGGUUUAGUGUUUAAAUUUUGAAACCUACAAUUCAGAAGUUCUGGGUGUCUUAAAAAUUUAUCCUUGAACUAUGCAGUUAAGAAACCGUAUGAAUUAAGGUAGUACUAGAGGCUAAUUUGGUGAAUUUUUGCAAAUUUUGGGAAUAAAAUAUCUUAUGACAG